AUGAAUGAAUCAAAUCCAGUGACCACUCGUAUGGAUAAUUCAGAAGCACUGCCAUUGAAGGGCACGGAUACUGUGGACGGGUAUCAUAGACAAGAGGGCUCAGUCUAUGUACACGACUGUCCAAAAGACCCAGCCAUUCCUGGCACGGAUACUGUGGACGGGUAUAAUAGACAGGGAAGUAAGACCUUUGAACUGAAGGACUGUUUGAACUUUUGCGGAGGACUGGCAUGUUUUGGGGCGUUGGCAGGAGUGGGAGUGAUGAUCCUGGUGUUUAGCGCACGUUUCCCAGACUUUACAGACGCGGACUCACUAGACUACUGUCACCCCACCCUAUAUUUGACGGCCUACUGGAUUAUUUUGAUAGGACUCAUAAUAUGUGCCUUUUUCCUGGUACUGGGUUGUGGUAUGGUUUGUUUCACCAUGAUCGCUAAAAACAGGAAUUAA